AUGAGCCCUCGACCGGCACCAUCAAAACAGAAAAAAGGAGGCACUGUAACGGAGAACAAUGAAUCUACGCCUUUGCCUCCUUUAACGUCCUUACAAACAAGUGGAAGUACAGGUAAACCCUUAAGCACGAGAGGCCCGCCAGUUGGCCGUCGCAAUUCUUGGAUAUCCAGCCUUAGCCAGAAAUUUUCUUCGAGCGGCUCAACUACCCCGGCGCAAAGUAACGUGAAAGAUGCAAACGCGAAGCAGCCCGCUCAGAGCCCACGCCAAGAGUUGCACAACCCUUUUGGUGCAUCGUUCUCUCCCAAGGACAAGAGUGACAAGAAGGAUGAAUUGACGAGCCCCUUUGACUUACGUUCUCCAAAGAGUCAACCUUCGUUUUUUCAUAAUGCAUUCCGGAAACUGUCUUCCUCUUCGUCUACAGGUGUUGUGCUAGGAAAGAUGGCGUCGCAGGGGGUAAUUAUUGAACGAAGGGUUAUGAAUGUUGACCAUCAUCGCGAUAGAUGUAAGAUUGCGGAGCUGGAUCAGGCCAAGCUCCGCCGUGUUGCCUUUUGUGUCGAUGUGGAAAUUGCAGGGACCUCCCGCAGGUCGGAAUCUGAAGAGGAGGAGACACACCAGCAGCCUCCCCAACCCUCACCACAGCAGGCACAUCCACAGCCGCCGGCAAAAAAGAAAUCAACAAUGGUUGACCAAAUCAGAGUUUUUAAAAGACAAGAUUCCAAACUUGCUGAGAAGGGAGAGGGCUCAACUGGCCAGUCAUCGCAACCAGGUGCUAAUGAAGGACCAACCGAGGCGGCACAAAGAACAGAUCCCACUAGCAGUGAAACGAAACCUGCAGAACUGAAUAAGGAAAAGGAAAAGCCAGCUUCUGGUAAAGAACCGACGAGAAAGCAGGAGAAGAAGAAGAGGUCUGAAGGCGAACGGAAGGAGCGCAAGGAGAAGAAAAGAAGACAGGCCGAAGCCAACGGGACCAUUCCUAUUCAACUUAUGCGGGACGGUGAAUCAGGCACCUCAGUUCCCCUCCGCCCCACGAAGGGUCAGGAACAUCCGACUACUGACCCUAUCCGAAUAUACCGCCGUUGUUGUCAACUACGGGAAACCGGUGUUUUGAAAAAGCUUGUGGAGCAGAUCUCGUCUCCCUCUUCGGGUCUUGCAGAGUCUCCUGGGACCAUUGCUGUGCUAGAUCUCAGCGGCGUUUGCAUGUCCUUUGCUGACCUUGUUACCUUCAGUGAUUGGCUUGCCAUUGUUCCGGUCCGGAAGUUGAUAUUACAAAAUUGUGGCCUCACUGAUGAAUCUGUGCGAGUGAUUCUUGCUGGGCUUCUGUCUACAAGGACUGUCGAGGAAGCAAGGCUAAGAAGAAGCCAUUUCAAAAAGCAUAACGACCGCAAAUCUACUCACGAUGAUAAACUGGGGGUAAUUGAGAAGCUGUCACUAAAAGAUAAUCCAAAGAUCGGUCACGAUGGAUGGAGAUAUAUUGCUCUUUUUAUCCACAUGUCACGAUCCUUGAUCGGGAUAGACCUCUCAGGAAUCCCUUUUCCACAAGCUUCAAUCCCGACGAUUGGGCCAAGCCCUUCAUCUACGAACCGGAGUAAGCCAAAUACGGAAAUAUCUACUGUUUUCGCAAAUGCAUUAGCCGAGCGGCUCGCAGGGAACCACUUGGAGGAGCUGGUUAUUAGCGAGUGUUAUCCAUCUGCUGAAGACCUCGCGAAAAUUUGCGCAGCAGCGCGGGCUGUUCAGCUGCGACGAUUUGGGGUUGCACACAACAACUUGACAGCGGAGGGGUUGGAACAUGUUAUUGAAUAUUUUCAUGCUGGCCAUUGCGAGGGGCUUGAUUUGGGAGGAAACAACUUGGUUGAACAUUUGGGACUGUUGUCAGCGGCUAUCCAGAAGGCGAAGGGCCAUCCCCUCGGUGCCCUUAGCCUGGCCGAUUGUUCACUUAUGCCCAAACCUCUCUGCUCCCUUCUCCAAGCGCUUACAUUUCUGCCGAAUUUCCGAUUUCUUGACCUUUCACAUAACCGUGGACUUUUUGCAACACCGCCUGACUCGCUGGCAAUGUUGCGACGAUAUCUCCCCCAAAUGGCAGAAUUGAAGCGAGUACACUUGGCGGAUGUCAGCCUCUCCCCAGAGCAUGCCAUAGCCCUUGCAGAAAUAUUACCGGAUUGCCGUCGUCUGUGUCAUAUCAAUAUUUUGGAAAACCCGAAAAUUGUUGCUCUAGCUGCGGCAAAAGACGCCACUGCUCAAGAAGAGGCUUGCGCAUUAUAUGCUUCUUUGAUGACAGCGGUCCGCAUUUCACAUACCCUUAUCGCAAUAGACAUUGACGUGCCUACGGCGGAAAACAAGGAAGUUGUCAAGGCCCUAGCAUCCCAAAUCGUUGCCUAUUCGCUUCGGAACCUCGAGCGAGGUGAGCUUGUGGAAGAGCUCUCUGAUGGCGCAACCCCUGAAAAACACACUGUCCCUAUGCCUGAUAUUCUUCUACAUAUCGUUGGAAACGUAGAUGAUGACGGGGUGGAUGAUCCCGUGAAGCCAGCUCCAGAUGAGGACUAUGUUAUUGGUGGUACUGGACUAGUGAAAGCUCUGGGCGUUUGCCUUGGUAAUGCUGAGCACAAUACCUUGGAGGGCAUGGGUGAUACAUCUCCGACUUCCACCGGCAGGUCAACACCGCUACGUCGUUCCAGUAGCGUUGGCACUAAAAAGCCUCGUGACAUGUCGAGGAAUCUCCUCAAUUCCGCAAGGAAAAUCCGUUUGCGAUUAAAACCGGUCCUUGUCAGGGAAGACAGGGCUGGUAAUGAAAUGAAUUAUCGACGGCUUCAAUUCCUUGACUUCACCCUGCAGAGGAUGAUUCAACGGUUCGAAGAUGAAUACCCAGAUACACGCCUCUCAACUGAACUGGAUCCCACAAAAGCAAAUCUUCCACAAUCGAGCUCUUCACACGCGUCCACAGCGGACUCCGUUGAGCAGUCUAAACUCGACGACUCCGCUAUCCUGGACGCACACGCACCAAGCCAAAGCGCAGAUCCAGACGCAGACGCAGACGCAGACACUGCCAUCGACGACGAGGACACAGACCACUACGCCAUCCGCCUGUCCCGCAGGGGGUCGAACACGUCCCUGCAUUCCAGAGCCCUCACCUCAGAGGAAGGCAGAGUCCACCGCUUUCAACAACAUAUCCGCCGUGACAUCCUCAACACCGACCUCGGAGCAGCUACGACGGAUACGCUGUCUCCAGUUCCGGAUGAAGCGAAGGUUGCGGCCUUGCGUGGAAAGCUCGAACGGCUUCGUAGCAGCGAAAUGCAGACGCGCAUCGAGCUCGUUGGGCCUGAUAAAGCGUUAGAAGAGCUGGGUGCGAAUAUUGAGGAGUUGCUUGCGCUGCGAGAGAGGGAUCCGGAGGCUUUUGAAAGUUUUAAGGCGAGCCAGAUUGCUGCUCAGAUUAAUUCUGGGCUUGGAAGGGAAGGGUUGUGA